CUCUCUCUCCAUUUUCUUCUUCCCCUACACCACGCUCUUAGAGAGAGAGAGAGAGAGUCAAGAAAGAGAGAGAGAGGAAGCCCUUUUACUUCAAUUUCUUGGGUUGAGUAUACAUACAUCUAUUAGUAGCUAGUAAGUAAGCCAAUUCUUGAAUCUUAAUGAUCUCCCUCUUAUCCCUCUUACCCCACCACCACCCCCCCAAAGAAGAAGAAACAACUUGCACUUCCAAUUGUUGUCAUAUAGUGGUAUAAUAAGCCCAUGUAUGUAUGUAUAGAUUGAACAUCAAGAGCUAGAGAGGGUUAAUUAUAUUUGGAAAGAAAGAGCAAAAAAAUUAAUCAUAGAGGGUUUGGCCAUAGUUUUAUGGCAAUUGCAGUAACCAUGAACAAUCAAGAAGACGGAACCAGCAAGCAUGACGACCACGAGAAUGACAUGGUGAUGCCGGGCUUUCGCUUCCACCCUACAGAGGAGGAGCUCGUGGAGUUCUACCUCCGCCGUAAGGUGGAGGGCAAGCGUUUCAAUGUCGAGCUCAUCACUUUCUUAGACCUUUAUCGCUACGACCCCUGGGAACUCCCUGCGUUGGCGGCCAUAGGGGAGAAGGAGUGGUACUUUUAUGUACCAAGAGAUAGGAAGUACAGGAACGGAGAUAGGCCAAACCGCGUGACAACUUCCGGCUACUGGAAGGCCACCGGAGCUGAUAGAAUGAUCAGAAGUGAGAAUUUCAGGUCUAUUGGCCUCAAGAAAACCCUUGUUUUCUACUCCGGCAAGGCCCCUAAAGGAAUCCGAACCAGUUGGAUCAUGAAUGAAUACCGUCUCCCACAGCACGAGACCGAGAGACUGCAAAAGGCAGAAAUUUCUCUUUGCCGUGUCUACAAGAGAGCUGGAGUGGAAGACCAUCCAUCUCUCCCCCGCUCGGUCCCAACCAAGGCCUCAUCCUCGUCGUCCUCAAGAGGGCCGCAAUCAUCACGAAAGCAGCAGCACAGCCAGCAGACGACCAGCCAAGAAAUGUCGUUCCAAGCUAACUACGGAGGAUCACCGCCGCAAACCGAUGGAAAAAUAAGCGAAACGAGUCAAAGUAGCAGCACAGACAUGGGCACAUCUCUUGCCCUUUCACAGCAAAAUUCAAGUUACUCCAUCACUCCGGCUGCAGCAUUAGUCCCCAACAUGGCCAAUUCUUCCACACUUCAAACUCCUACAGCAGAAGAUGAUCAUGGUGUGAUGUUACAGCAAUCCAAACAAGCUAAUUCUAGCUCUUCUUUAUCCCCAAACUGCCCAUCCAUCUAUGCCACCUCUUCCUCCCAUGCGAUUGAUGACCUCCACAAGCUAGUGAACAUACAAGCUGCUUCAAUAAACCAUGAAAAUCAUCAGUACAAUACUCCAAAUAAUGGCCCCCUUAAUCUUCUUUCCCACUUCUCCACGCAGCCGGAGCCGCUGCCGGCUGCGGCCCUCAAUGUCGUCGGUCCGGGCUCCGUGCCGGCCAUCUUCUCCGACAGAUUGUGGGACUGGAAUGCCAUUUCCGAGGCAGGCAAAGAUUACAUGACCAACCUUUUCAAGUAACUCAUAUCAUCAUCUCAUGUACUAUGCAAAUAUAUGAUCUCUAUGCGUAACUUAAUUAAUGUUAUGAUCUCAUGAUGCCUGAUGCUAAUUAAUUAGUGGUAUGUUGAUUAAAUGACUUCCCUUUUUCUUGAUUCUUCUAAACUUUGUGAUAAAUUAAUGACUUGUUCUUGAGUAA